CCCGUCCCGCCCGCGUCNGAGCCCGGCCACAGCGUGGGGAGGCCUGGGGCCUGGAGGCUGCCGCUGCCGCCAUGCCGCUGCUCUUCCUGGAGCGCUUCCCCUGGCCCAGCCUCCGCACCUACACGGGCCUCAGCGGCCUGGCCCUGCUCGGCACCAUCGUCAGCGCCUACCGCGCCCUCAGCCAGCCCGAGGCCGGGCCCGGGGAGCCGGAGUCGCCAACGGCCCCGGUGCAGACGGAGCCGGCCGUACCCGCCCGACCCAGCGUCGGCGGCCCCCGGGCCCGCGANGAUGUGGCCCAGUACCUGCUCUCGGACAGCCUGUUCGUGUGGGUUCUAGUAAAUACUGCAUGCUGUGUUUUGAUGUUGGUGGCUAAGCUAAUCCAGUGUAUUGUGUUUGGCCCUCUUCGAGUGAGUGAGAGGCAGCACCUCAAAGACAAGUUCUGGAAUUUUAUUUUCUACAAGUUCAUUUUCAUUUUUGGUGUGCUGAAUGUGCAGACGGUGGAAGAGGUGGUCAUGUGGUGCCUCUGGUUUGCUGGACUUGUAUUUCUACAUCUGAUGGUUCAGCUCUGCAAGGACCGAUUUGAAUACCUUUCCUUUUCUCCCACCACACCCAUGAGUAGCCACGGGCGAGUUCUGUCCCUGCUGGUGGCAAUGCUGCUUUCUUGCUGUGGAUUAGCGGUCGUCUGUUGUGUCACAGGCUACACCCAUGGGGUGCACACGCUGGCUUUCAUGGCAGCGGAGUCUCUUCUUGUGACAGUGAGGACUGCUCAUGUGAUUUUACGAUAUGUAAUUCACCUCUGGGACCUCAACCAUGAAGGGACGUGGGAAGGAAAAGGAACCUAUGUCUAUUACACAGAUUUUGUCAUGGAGCUCACUCUCUUGUCCCUGGACCUCAUGCACCAUAUUCACAUGUUGUUGUUUGGCAACAUCUGGCUGUCCAUGGCCAGCUUGGUCAUCUUCAUGCAGCUGCGCUACCUGUUCCACGAAGUGCAGCGUCGCAUCCGCCGGCACAAGAACUACUUGCGUGUGGUGGGCAACAUGGAGGCCCGGUUUGCGGUUGCAACGCCAGAGGAGCUGGCUGUCAACAACGACGACUGUGCCAUCUGCUGGGACUCCAUGCAGGCCGCGAGGAAACUGCCCUGCGGACAUCUUUUCCACAACUCCUGCCUUCGUUCCUGGCUAGAACAAGACACCUCCUGCCCAACGUGCAGAAUGUCUCUUAAUAUUGCCGACAAUAACCGGGUCCGGGAGGACCAGCAAGGAGACAACUUGGAUGAGAAUUUGGUGCCGGUAGCAGCCGCCGAAGGCCGACCUCGCCUAAACCAACACAAUCACUUCUUCCACUUUGAUGGGUCCCGGAUCGCCAGCUGGCUGCCGAGUUUUUCAGUCGAAGUGAUGCACACCACCAACAUUCUCGGCAUUGCGCAGGCCAGCAACUCGCAGCUGAACGCGAUGGCUCAUCAGAUUCAAGAAAUGUUUCCCCAGGUUCCAUACCACCUCGUGCUGCAGGACCUCCAGCUGACACGCUCGGUAGAAAUAACAACAGACAACAUUCUAGAAGGACGGAUUCAAGUACCUUUUCCCACACAGCGCUCAGAUGGCAUCAGGCCCGCACUGAACAGUCCCGUGGAAAGGCCAAACGGAGACCAGGAGGAGGGAGAAGCUUCCGUGCAGACCGAGCGUGUGCCGCUAGACCUCAGUCCUCGGCUGGAGGAGGCCUUGGAUCUCGGUGAGGCGGAGGUGGAGGCCGGUGAGGGGGAAGACUUCGAAGCCCGGGGCAGCCGCUUCUCCAAGUCUGCGGACGAGAGGCAGCGCAUGCUGGUGCAGCGGAAGGACGACCUCCUGCAGCAGGCUCGCAAGCGUUUCCUGAACAGAAGUUCUGAAGUCGACGCCGCCUCCGAGAGCUGCCCCUCGUCGGAAGGCACGACCUCUGACCCUGUGACCCUGCGUCGGAGGAUGCUGGCCGCGGCCGCUGAACGGAGACUCCAGAAGCAGCAGCUCUCCUAGCGCUCGCCGCCCUCCGCCGCUGUGUCCAGCAGCGCCGCCGCCCAGGCCCGGCCCCGGCUCGGCCGCUGUCAGAGGAGGGGCCCCGCCGCUGUAUAAAGCAUGUGGUCUUAAUAGUGUUUGGACACCUGACAAACUUAAUCCUUUUUUGUAAUACUUUCUAUGUGACAUUUCUCUUCCCUUUAGAAACACUGCACAUUUUAAUUCAAGGCAUGAUCUCUUCUGGCGUUGACUAGACUUCGUAGGGGUGGGGUGACCGAGAGGAAGAGGGCGGCCAGGGUCCCCGAAGCCCGCAGCUCUGCCGCUGGGAGAGGUGUCCUUACUCGGGCUCUCAAAGAGCCGCGUGGAGUGUACGGUCCGGCCCGACUCCACCGCGGGGUGCCUUCGUUUGUCAGACCGCUGCUCUUGGUGGGGGGACAGAAUGCUCCCGAGGCCAGAGCCCCAGGCUGCUGGAGCCCCGGGCCGGCAGGGCAUCUUGGAAAAGUGACUCUUGGUUUGCUAGGUGGGGCAGAGGAGGGGAAAGGCCAGGGCUGUAGAGUGGGAGGAGGUGGCCUGCGUGUCCCAGUCCAUCUGGGCCUGCCCGCCGAGCCCCGACCCGAAGCUGGCUUGCUUUCCGGUGACGCCGGCGCUCCGGCCACUCACGACCACCCUGCAUGUCUGUCCGGGCUCUGGAGUUCACAGUCCCCCACCCCAGACAUGGGGGCUGGGCAGCGAGCUUUGGCUUAUGGUUUGAAUUCCUUGGGCAAGUAAAUGAGGCGAUGUGGAAGCCUGUGGGUUUGGUCAUUAGAGAAAAAGGAGAACCGUACAAACUGGGCCAAUCACUGUUAGAGGGCUUUCUUGGAGAGAGAAAGAUCUCUUUUGUAUCUGCCCUGGAGCUCUGCCUUUUCAUCACUUUGUUCCUGUUGGUUUGAUGGAACGUGGAAAGGCAGGGUGCUGACCCCUCCUGCCUCGGAGCAGACCCAGGUCCUGGACCUGUUCUCCAAAGUCUUCACACAUUUAACUUUCAGGAUUUGGAAACACGCGAUCACAGGCGACAUAGUUUGGUUUUAUGUCCUCUUGGAUUAAGGUUUUGUUUUGUUUUGUUUUUUUUAAUGUUUUAAAGCAUAGUUUUAUGGUAGUCCUUUGGGGAAGAAUCCAGUAUUAUCUAAAAUUAUUGGCAAAGUUAAUUGUAUUUUACAUAACUGAAAGUUUUUGGAAUGUUGACAAGUAAUUGAAAAGAGUGAUGAGUAAACGUUUAGGCCAAGAUAAUUUAUUUGAAUAAAUCUUUCAAAAGCCUUACCUUGAAA